UCUUUGUUCUACCAAGCACGCUACCCGAUACCUCUUUCCCAUCACCGUCACCCCAUCAUUACCGCACUAGGCCCCUAGGACCAUUACACAAUCUCUUAUUGUUUGUCCGUUUGUCGAAUACACAAACAUGUUGCAAGCACAACCUUCUCAGCCAGCGCCUGCUCAUUAUGUCGCCGCUCCCACGCCUCCUAUGUCUACUCCAGGUUCUCCUUCAACAAUCGCUCCGACCAACACCCACACCAGCACUGCCAUGAAGAUCUCAAGCAACCACCAUAUUUUGAUCGUUACCGGCCCAGCAGGAUGCGGCAAGAGCACUGUUGCCAAGUUCCUUUCCGAACGCUACGGUUUCGUGUACAUUGAGGGCGAUGAUUUCCACCCUCCAGCAAACAUCGCAAAGAUGGCUGCCAACAUUCCUCUGGAUGAUGCCGACCGCUGGGACUGGCUCAUCCUUCUCCGCGACCAAGCCUUGCAAGCUCUGAAGCAGGGAGCCAAGGGCGUUGUUGUCACGUGCAGCGCUCUCAAGAAGAAAUAUCGCGAUGUGAUCCGGACAGCGCGUCUCUACGACGAGGAUCCUAAUGCAGAUGUCCACUUCGUGUAUCUCCGCGCCUCCAAGGAAACUCUUCUUGCUCGUGUCGCAGCGAGACAGGGCCAUUACAUGAAGGAUGCGAUGGUAGUGAGCCAACUCGCUGCCCUGGAAGAGCCCGACGCAGACGAAGUCAACCGACUCAAAGACGUCUCGGUGAUUGAUGUUAAGGGUACGCCUGCCGAAGUCCAACAGCUCGCUACCGUCGCAGUCGACGGUGUUCUUGAGGAGAAGGAUAUCAAGUAAUCGGCAGAAGGAUUUGGCUGCAACUUCAUCUCUUC